AUGGUGCGCAAGGUGGAGGAGCUCACGCGGAAGGUGUUCCAGUCGGAAUUUCCCAGGCUUCGCGCAUUUUUCAUGAAGCUUGCCGGUAUGUCCAAGGCGGAGCUCGAUGAAAGAGACCAGCUGGGCACCUUUUGGUCUACCCGAGUUUGGGUUCAGGGACAGGUGCUGGAGCAGUAUGUGGCAACCCUUGCCAUAUUGAACAGCCAGCCAGCUACCUCCGUGUGUGCUUCAAGAAUCUGCGUCCCCUUCAACCUCUUCGACAAUGGCUGCUGCAAGAAAUGCUGUACCCACCGGCACAAGUGCCUGUUCUGCGGCAAGGACCCUGAGGACAGCCACUUGAAAUGCAAAGCCCGCGACGCUUUUCAUGGCGAGCGUGCAGCGUUUGAACGGCGCUUCCGCCAGGAUCCGCUGGAUCCACAUGCCCCAGGCAUUGGUGAGGACGAUGAGAACCUGCUUGCGUCACUCAGGCGUCUGGCAAGGGACCCUCCCAGCAAGAGGAUGGCCAAGAAAGACCAGAAGCGAAUGAGUCCCGAAACCUCGAAAACUUCGAGCGUUGCAGCUUGUGCAUCGGGGAGAUUCGCAGCCUUCGCGUCUGAAGAAGAGCCAGAGGACCUCGGAGAAGAGGGACUCCAGGGAGAACUCGAUGAGGCGACGACCUCUGCCUCAGAUGCCGGCGAGUCUGCAUCCAUGACAGACGCACCGGCGCCCGAAGCACCGGAAGCACCAAACGUGCCAGACGUUCCCGCGUCGCUUGCUUGUCCCAACCGAAAGGGCCCGGCAGAGUCAGCAGAGUCAGUGAAGCCGGUGGCGUGGAGUACGGAGGAUGUGGCCAGGUGGCUCCAAGCUCUGGACAACGGUGCUGGCCAAUGGCAGAGGUACGUGGACAGCUUCCGUGAGAACCAGGUCGGCGGACGCGCGCUGCGCGACCUCACCAACGACGACUUGCGAGACGAGCUAGACGUCAAAGCGUUUGGCCCACGAAAGGUCAUUCUCGCAGAGAUUCAGAGGCUCUUCGCAUCGACUUGA